AUGCAGCCCUUGCGUCAUGAGCGGGCUUCGGCGAAAGGGCUCAUCCAGUUGUCUCGAGGAACAAGCAAUGCCAUUGCAACUCGCGCCGGCUGCAGAGCUGUGCUCAGCAGACUCGAGUUCAGCUACCCACUCAAGCUUAUUGCGCCACGACUACCAGCUGACCAUGCACCUGCGGAUGCUGCCGCUCAGGAAGGCGCGUCGAUCGCUGACCUGAUGAUCGUCUAUAUCCUCAGCUACGGCGGUGGUCUCAUAUCGGGUGACCAGAUAGAGCUCUCAAUCCACGUCGAAGCCGGUUGCCGUCUCGUCGCACUGACGCAGGGCAGCACCAAAGUAUUUCGCAGUCGGUCGCUACAGAUGGAUGCCUCGCUUUGCGAUCGUGCUAUGCAUCCGUCUGCGGAUAUGACACGUCAGGCCAUGACAGUGAUGGUCGAGCCAGGUGGCUUGUUCGUGCUUAUGCCCUCGACGCUGACGCUCUUUGAGCGAUCCAGCUACGCUCAGGUCCAGCAAAUCAAGCUGUCUCAAAUUGGCGGUGAGCCAAGCAGUAGUGCAAGUCUUGUCCUGCUUGAUUGGUAUACCUCGGGCCGGUCAGCACGAGGAGAAAAUUGGGCUUUCGAUCAAUUGUGCAUGGAGAACAUCAUCACAUUGGUAGGACAAGACAAGCAUGAGCGACUUGUUGCGCAAGACAGACUCCAUCUAUCGAUCGAGACACCCGACAUGAAGAGCUAUCUGGGUUGCUAUCAGUGCUUCGCGACACUCUUCCUUGCCGGACCGCUCGUCGAAGCAGUACUGAACUCGUUCGAGAAGGAGUGGGACGAAGAGAGACAAUGGCGCUGCGCGAGGCCACAAAGACUCGUAUGGAGUUUCAGCUGGCUUGAAUCCGACAAGUUAUCAGCUUCGCAGACUCGUCUGGCUGCUUCAAGAAUCGCUACAGAGCCUCGCGACCCAGUCGAAUGCCUGCGAAUCAAGCUUGCAGUCGUGCGCUGUGCUGCAGUAUCGAGCGAAGAAGUCAAGGUCUGGCUGGAGACGCGUCUCGCUUUGCUCGCGCACGUAAUCGGUGUCGACGCCUACAGAGCGGCUUUCGUCUGA